AUGUUGCAGUUUGGAUCCAUAGUUAUUGCUGGGUUCGGUUACUCCAACUUCAACACUAUCCUUGUCUCAUUGCCUAUUUCGGUGUUUACUUUCAUUUGGGUAAUUAUGUCAACGAUAAUCACCUCUAAAUUCCGAAGGUCGCGUUGUAUUACCGCUGCUUGCUUAUCACUCAUAAGUCUAGCUGGCUGUCUUAUGGUAUCUCAAAUCGAUCCCAGCAAAAAGGUGGCUCGAUUGGCCGGUAUGUGGCUUUUUCCUGCAUAUUCUGCCGGAAUUCCUAUCAUUCUGAGUAUUAUUGCCUCGAACGUGGGCGGAUAUACCAAAAGGACGACAGUGAGUGCGGUGGUGUUCAUUGGAAAUUGUGCUGGCAACAUCACCGGUCCGUUCCUCUUUUUCUCCAAUGAAAAGCCCAACUACAACAGUGCCUGGAUUGGGAUUAUGAUUUCACUUGCCAUUGCCUUCAUCGCAAUCCUUUCUUUACGUCAGCUACUUCACAUCCAAAACCAGCACCGCAACAGCCAGCAGAAUGUAAACAUCGACCCUGAAUCUCCGGAACCUAUUGAUAACGAGGGGUUUGCUGUGCUCGCUAAGGAUGAGACUGAUUGGGAGAACCCAAAAUUCCGCUAUUAUCUAUAG